UGAGAGUAGCCUCGCCAGACUAGAAGGAGGAGGAAAUCUGGGAGAAAAGGGGAAGAGAAGCGGCGUCUCCGAGGAUGACUUUGGGGACGGAUAUGUCCGACAGCUCUGCAUUGUCCGAAGACGUGGACAUCGACGUGGUCGGGGGUGACAUAUCCGCGGGGAAGGACGGAAAGUACAUUCACCACGAGUUCAACUUGGACAAUGACUCGGACGAUAAUUACUCCCAGAACGCGGCCGAGAGGGUUUCUUCUCCCGGGCUCAGCAGCUCCGACUGCCCGUCCGACCAGAUGGGCUCCGGCGCGGAGGUCGGGACCGCCAUCGGGGAGAAAUCUAGGAAAGGCGCCCUGGUGAAGCCCCCGUACUCUUACAUCGCCCUGAUCACCAUGUCCAUCCUGCAGAGCCCCAAGAAGCGCCUCACCCUCAGCGAGAUCUGCGAGUUCAUCAGCAGCAGAUUCCCUUACUACCGGGAGAAAUUCCCCGCGUGGCAGAACUCAAUUCGCCACAAUCUCUCCCUGAACGACUGCUUCGUGAAAAUCCCGCGGGAGCCCGGCAACCCCGGGAAGGGCAACUACUGGACCCUCGACCCGGAUUCCGCAGACAUGUUCGACAACGGGAGCUUCUUGCGCCGGAGGAAGCGCUUCAAGAGGCACCAAACGAACGAGAUCCUGCGGGAGUCCGGCGGCUUUCUGCCCGGGUUUGGAUACGGCCCGUACGGAUACAACUAUGGACUCCAGCUGCAGAACUUCCACGCGGCCCACAACCCGUAUCACCCGCACCACGCAGGUGGCGCAUUCCCGUUCCCCAACGCCCCGUGCACCUUGCCCUCGUCGGCCUCCAUAUUCCCUGCGCCGCAUCACCUCCCCCCCCUUUUAGGGGCCGAUUUAAGAAAGACGUUUUACCCCCCAAUAAGCGCGUCCCUGCCGCCUCUCAAGACGGACUCGAGCACCCCGAGUCGGCCUUCGUUCUCCAUUGACAAUAUCAUCGGUGCGGCCAACUCCACCCCCGCCUCCUCCUACGGCGCGCAGCCGGGCAGCCAGGCUCAGAUCCUGGCCAUAUUAACCCCGGCACUGGCCUCCGCUUCCAACCAUUUGAACCUAUCGCAGGACAGCAGCAUAUUACCGGCCGGGCCACAGGGUCAGACUUUUUCCAGCAAAACCCCAAAUAUGAACACUUGUCCUUUCUAAGAAAACAUAAUAAUAAUAAUAGUAGUAAUAAUUAAAAAAAAUUGCAAGAAUGAGAAGCUUUUAUUAUAAAGUUAAGUGUGGCUUCGUCCUGUGUGAAGGUAGGCUGCGGCUCUCCCCGUGUCCCUAUCAUUGUAAGAGGAGAGAACGGUUUAUUUAUGGUGUGUAAAUAUGUGUAUAAUAUUGAGACCAAUGCAAGAGAGGUCUUUUUAAACAGUGCUGACUUUGACUCCAUUUGUCAAUGGGGGGAGAGAAAAAAAAAACAAGAUCCUGUUAUUUUUUAACAUAAGUUAAAAAAGGGUUUUCCGACUUUCUGUUUUUUAAAUAGUUGAUAAUUUUCAUGAUUAACGUUGUUUUUGUUUUGUGCGUCGUGAUAAAUUGGCACUGUUGUUGUUGUUGUUGAAUAGAGAUGAUCGAGACGGCAAACUCAGGUUUUUAAGCACAUGGAGAAGAAGUUUGGGCUUCUGACACAAGAAUAGCCGUUUCCCACUAUCACUCCUUCCUCCAGUGAUUCUCCUCCACAUGGUGAAUUUGUGACAAUGUCAUUUCAUGUCGUCAGUGGACACGUAGGCUGUGGUUUUGGUAAAAGAAAAAAAGAA